UGGAGAAUGAUGUUGGUUUCAGUAAAAUUGCAAGGACGCGGGUCGAUCUCUUUAUCAGAAUCUCCAAUGUAAGUGGAUAUAUAACGUACUAUGGCCACAUUAUUUGAUGCAUUCCGGGGACACUAUGUAAUCUCGAUCUUCGGAAUACUGCUGUUUCUGGCCGGCAGCGUCUUUCUCUAUUGGAAUGAGGGUCGAGCGGUGCUUACACAAUUAUCACUGGACGAGACAUAUAACAAUAUAUAUUCGAUUCAGUUCACGGAGGAGGAGCAGGACCAGAAUUUUGAGGGACGCAUUGUACAUUUGUCGGGCUCUCUGCUCAUUGGGGAGCCAUUGACGGAGCCGGAUUAUAAUAUACAGCUGCUUUCAGUGAAGCUGAAGCGACGCGUUCAAAUGUAUCAAUGGGUGGAGGAAUCGGUGGAAAACAACUAUGGCGAAAGUGUGGGAACGGUUCAGUCGGAUACGCGUACCUAUUACUACACGCGGGAGUGGCGGGACAAGCUCGUGGAUUCGCGAAACUUUUAUAAUCGCUAUGGCCACACAAAUCCCAGCCGAUUCCCCAUCGAGAGCAACGUUCAGGUGGCCGAUGCCGUCUUCAUUGGCAAGUACGAACUGAGCACAGAGGCUAAGGCAAAAUUCAAUGAUUUCAAGGAGCUGACGUCGGACAUUAGACCCGAGGAUAGCGGCAUUAAGUUACAUCUGGGUCUCUAUUACCAUGCGAACGAUGUCUUCAAUCCGGAGGUGGGAGAUUUGCGCAUUCUCUUCAGUUUUGCCGGUAUGGAGGGUGAAACGUACAGCAUUGUCGGACAAAUUCAGGGAAAUAAAUUGGGUCCAUUCAUCACAUCCCGUGGCGUGCCUGUGUUGCUCGUCCAUCCAGGCGCACUGAGCGUGUCGGAAGUCUUUAAGUUGGAACAUAGGGCGAAGGUGUUGAAUACCUGGUGGUGGCGUUUCAUUGGCUGGAUUUUCAUCUUCUUUGGCGUCACCUGCAAUGCCAAAUUGUUGCGGCAAAUGUUGCUGCAAGUUCCUCUGCUCGCUGUGCUGGCGCCGGACCCGCAGUUUCCCAUCACCAACAAUUUUCUCAUUGCGUUUUCACUGGCUCUUAUCAUAGCGGCCGUGGCGUGGAUCCUGAAUCGUCCACUGAUAGGCGCUUGCCUAUUUCUCGCCGGCGCCUCGCCGUUCGUCUGGAUUACCCGCAACUUAGUCGACUAUCAACGCGUCGAUUGAUGUAUCGAUUGAUUGAGCUUAAGCCAAAUACAGGUUCCUUAAUGUAUCUACGUAUUUAUUUAUUUUGUGAGUUUUUGUUUUGUGUCUGCAACAAACUGGUCGCAAAACCAGGCCCGUGUCCAUGUGCUAUCAGCUAACAAUAAAAACUUAACAACUUAU